AACAUGUUGUCAGUGGUCUGAUGCGGAGUGCUGCACUUUCAUGUAUCUCCAGUAUCCUGUGGAUUAAAAUGAACUUUUAACUAAUGUAAAUGGAGAAAACUACACCAAAACUCAUACUCUUAUUUAGCGGGAAGCGAAAGUCUGGCAAAGAUUAUGUUACUCACUUAAUUCAAAAAAGAUUAGGUCCCGAUGCAUGUUGUAUUCUGCGCUUGUCUGCACCGCUCAAAUUACAAUACGCACAGGAGAACGGACUGGACUACAAGCAGCUGCUCGGGUCUGGACAGUACAAAGAGCGGUACCGAGCAGAUAUGAUAGCGUGGGGUGAGCUGCGGAGAAAGAGCGACCCUGGGUUCUUCUGUCGCCUGGUGCUGAUGGGCGCCACGCAGCCCAUUUGGAUUGUGAGCGACAUCAGGAGAUUGUCAGACCUGCAAUGGUUCCGGAUGGAGUAUCCAACCCAAAGCCGCUCCGUACGAGUUGAGGCCUCGGAUCAAACCAGGAAAGAAAGGGGCUGGGAAUUCACCCCAGGUUGGCCAGUUUUUCCCAGCGAUGAAGAGAGGGACACAGGAAACGUCUCCAAGGCUUUGGCAUGAAGGACGUUCUCCUCUGCCAUUAGGGUCCCCGUCAGUCCUGGAAGAAGGCCAUCUUAUUUCUGUGAUUUGUUUUUAUUUAUGUGUGAUGUUAGAGAUGCACCAAUUGUAUCGGCCAGCUAUCAGUAUCGGCCAACACAGCAGCAGUCGGCCAUCGGCCGCUGGUUAGAAAUGAGCUGAUACUUACCACCAAUAAUUCCCUUUAAAAUGGUGACCCCCCCCCCCUCUAUUGCUUUGCACACCCGUGUACUAAACAGUAUGAAAAUGUCCUUUCCAAUAUAGACGGCUACAGUACUGCUGAAUGCUGCUAGUCCGUCUGUUAAUGAGAGCAUUAGAUAGGAAAAGAAAAUUCAGUGCAGACAGUGUGAAAUCAAAAGAUAUUACUCUGAAAACACUGGAGUUUAUCACACUUGAUCAUUCCUUCUCUGUUAUAAAUGUUAUAAAAUAUACUACUCUGAGACUUGUAUGCCAGAGUUGGUGUUUUCUUAUUCAAAAAUAAAAACUUUUUCAUGUUUUUGGAAUGUAAUUAUUUUUUAAUUUAUUUGGGUGGAGUGUCACUUCAAACAUAUUUAAGUAGAACGUCCUAGUCAGUUUACGACACGCCUAUGGAUAUCCGCCAGAAAUGUCCUUAUUGGUGCAUCGCUAGUACUCAUCACUGAGAACAAAUUCGGCAUUUGCUGCCUUACUGUCAGAGCAGUAAGAAUUCCGUUGACGUUAUGGUUCUUAGUUAUGGAACCUGAAAUGGUCAAAGAGAAAAACUAUGUUCCAUUUGAGAAUUUAAUAAACCAGGGCCCCCCCACCAGCUGGCUGUCUCUCCUGAAUGUUUUGCAAAAGUACAUGUUCAUUCUAUGCAGAACUUUGCAGAAUAAUUUGGAAUAGAGCGCUGCACAGGGAUAUCUAUUCCCAUUCCCUUCCAUCCCUCCAAACAUCUAAACCGUCCCCACCCUGUCCCCGCAUGGACCAAAACUGACCCAACCCCAUCCUCGCGUUCAGUGACACACCUAGAGCAUCUGCUGCAGACCCUACACUUUCAUAUCCAUAUGUGCAUUUAAAUACCUUAAAUUUCUCAGCUGCAACUUUGCCCUUAGACAUGUUUUGGAUUACUCAGACCAAAAUACCCAAAUAUUUUUAUUCUAGCCAAGAAAAAUAGCUUGGAACUGAUCUGAAAUUAGCAUGAAUAGUAGCAUGUUUCUCGUGUACUUUGAUGAAUUCAUCAGCAGAGCACAGCCUAGGCCAGACUGCCACCGGCUGGUGUUAGGGUGAGAACAAGCAAUUUAACAGAAUGAAAGGACUUAUAAUAUAGCAGAUGGGCCUAGAACUACUUGUAUGCAAAUUCGAUCUCAUUACUAUAACCUGUCGUUACCCUACAUUUUAUUACCAUAAAGAUCCUGCGGUUACUGCGGGGAAUAUCUUUUACCCCCAUGUUUGCCGACUUACUGCUUUCCCUAUUCCUUAUGCAACCCUCCAGUUUGUAACGGUCAGUGAAUGUAUAACCGAUGCCAUAGCAAACCUCUGGACAAUG